AUGAUGUCGAACAUAAAAGAAAGUAAAAGUGUUGAAACUCUCACUACUGAUAUAUCCACCACAAAUGGAAUCAGUGAAGAGGACAAGAAAUUAAAUGAAAUUUUAAAAAACAGACUUAGGAAAUACAUAAAAAAACUUGACGAAACUUAUGCCAGUAUUACUAAAGAGGAGAGUGAGAGAAUUGAAUUGGACACAUUUAAACAGCUAUAUAAACCUAAAACUGAGGGUGAUGCGGAGACAUACAAGAAAAUACCGAAGUUCCACUUCAAAUUACCCAAUUCCGAUGAUAUCCUAGCCCAGAAGCUCAGAGAAGAAACAAGAUCUCAGUUCUUACAAAAGAAAAGUAAAGAAUUGUUGGAUAAUAGUGAACUAAAACACCUGUGGAGUUUGUUAAAGAAAUCAAAUGGUAGCUACAGUAUGGCAAACAAUGAAGAACUUACAAUAGACUAUUUACAAUUCAGAAAGAUAAGAGAUGAAGCUGGACCCAAAUAUAGACCAUAUUUCACUGCUGAAGUGUUUGGUCGUCUUCAAGCUGCCGAGGGAGGUCUGGGUCGAGUGAAAGGGGUUUCAUUAUUCAAUUACGUGAUGAGACGUGUUUGGCUUCAACAGACAAGGAUAGGAUUGUCACUAUAUGAUGUAACGGGCCAGGGCUACCUCACUGAACAAGACCUGGAAGGCUAUAUAGCCGAAUUAGUUCCAUCGUUAGCCGCUCUCGAUGGUCUAGAUUCAUCAUUUACAUCAUUCUAUGUGUGUACAGCAGUCCGGAAAUUCCUUUUCUUCUUAGAUCCAUUGAGAGUGGGUCGAGUCAGAAUAAGAGAUGUGCUGUCAUGUUCAUUCUUAGAUGAUUUAUUGGAGUUACGUGAAGCAGAUCUUCCGAUGGAGAUCCAAGAGCAGAAUUGGUUCAGUGCAGCAUCAGCUCUGAGGGUUUAUGGACAGUACUUGAAUUUGGACAGAGAUCACAAUGGAAUGCUUAGUAUCAAUGAACUGGCUGGAUAUGGUUCUGGAACUUUAACAAGGGCUUUCCUCCAGCGAGUGUUCCAGCAAUGUCUUACAUAUGAAGGAGAAAUGGACUACAAGACCUAUUUAGAUCUAGUUUUAGCGCUAGAAAAUAGACGUCAGCCUGCCGCAUUGGCUUACCUGUUCAGAGUAUUGGAUAUUAAUUCUCAAGGUUACCUGGAUGCUUUCACACUUAACUAUUUCUUUAAAGCUAUCCAAGAACAGAUGGUGGCUCAUGGGGCUGAACCGGUCAAUUUUGAUGAUGUUAAAGAUGAGAUAUUCGACAUGAUACGUCCUGAACAUCCAUACAGGAUAACUCUUCAAGACCUGGUGAGGAGCGGGCACGGACAUACAGCUGUAUCUAUACUUCUGGAACUUCACGGCUUCUGGGCUUACGAGAAUAGAGAGGCUUUAGCCGCGGCUGGCGAUCACGCUUGA